AUGACUGAGACUUGUCUUUUUAAUUGGUUAAAAGAAAAAUAUCAAGUUGAAAUAAAAAAGACUAGUCUUAGUAAAAACAUUAAAUAUACUGAUGAAAAGUUAGUCCAAAGUUUACCUCCACAACCUAAAUCUAUUGAUGAUAUAAUUAAAAAAUUAUUUCCUAAAGCAAAAUUAUUUAUAACUAAUAUACAUAGAUUUACAAAACCAAUUUAUUGUUAUUCAAUUCUUGAAGGAAGUCAGUUUCAGUUAAAUAGUAAAUUUAGUUCUAUGGUCAAGUUCUCUUCUUCAAAUAAUAAUUAUCAAAACCUUUAUCUAUCAUACAAAAAAUCAACUAUCAUUAAAAAAUUGACACAAAUAGCUAAUAGAUUAGACCAAAAAGCAGAAAUUACAACUACUUCUAUUCCAGGAUUAGUAAUAACAUACCCUGAAUUUUAUAUUCAGUUAUCUAUUGACAGAUAUGAAGGAUAUUAUAAUUAUUUGUUAUUUGAAUCUUAUAAAAAAUUACAUCCAUCUAUUUCUUUAUUAUUUGAUUGUGUCGAUCUUAUUCACCAAGACUUAUUUCCAACAAAUCAACACCUUUCAACAUUAACUAGAGUUAUGGUUGUUCAUUUUCUUCAUAGUAUUGGAAUUCAUUCUCUUCAAGAUAUUAAUUCUUGUAAUUCUCCUAAUCAUAUAAUUCAUACAUAUAAACCAUUAUGUACUCUUCAAAAAGUAGAAUGGAGUGAAUGUCCUUAUUGUGUUAAUAGUUCUAUCCCAAAGGAUCUUUCUCUUGGAAAGUUAUUAAAUCAAUACUUGAUUUAUUACCUUAAUUUUGAUUAUUCUACUCAACGAAUAGUAACGUCUCCUUCUUUUUAUGCUGAUAAACCACAGAUAUCAACAAAUAUUGUUUUUUCAGUUCUUCCACCGUUUGUCCCAUGGGUGUUAUUAAGUACAGCAACAACUACAUUUGAAUUACAAGAUAUGUUAUUUAUGUAUAAAAGUGUUCAAAGAUCUUUAACAACUACUGAUAAUCAAUUUUCUUUAUCUAACAUUGAAUCAGAUAUUAUUAUCAGUGAAAUUGAUGUGUAUGAUACUGUCAUGAUUUAUUCACUUCCUCAAUAUUUCCAGACUAAAACACUUCUUUCAAUUUUAAAUGAAUCUGAUAUCAAUGCUGAGUUAUUAAUUUUUAAUCCAACAUACAUAUCUUCAUUUUGUACCGAGUCUGGAGUUAUCUUUCUGCAUUUUUCUUCAGUUCAAGAAGCUACAUAUUUCCAUUGGAUUCUUCCAUUUCCAUUUAAACGUUGUUAUGUGUCUUCAUCAAUUUUUGCAUCAAAACCAAAUGGUUCAUUUUAUAUAAACACACGUGACCCAUUAUUGUUUUGA